GCUUUGAUAUAUGCUGAAGAAACGAAAAAUAGGAACAUACAUUGGCUUAAGCCUGUCUCGAUAAAACUUGACCACAAAAUUUCAAAAAGCAUAAUGACAUCUUUGAGGCAAGGAUCCGUUAAUUCAGAAGUGUUUCAAAGUAUUCACAAUUGUUCAACUUUGUGCCCCCAUAAGUUAGAGGGAAAUAGAAUAGAAGAACUUAUUAUUCUUGAAGAACAUGCAGUUAACAUAGGAUUGGAUGAUAAUGCCAGCGAUAGCACGAUUUAUAAGAAUGUGAGUGAUGCAGACUCUGCAACUUUGCGACGAAAUGAGCUGAAAAAAAUACGGAACGGGAAAAGGCAGCAAAGGAGAGAAACUCGAAUAGAACGAAAAAAGAGAAGAGACGAGAGAGCGGGGAGUAGAAAGGAGAGAGAUGAAUUAGAACAAGAAAGAAGAGAAAAAUUGAGAGAAGAGUUUGAAGCAGAUGUGAAAAAACAUUGGUCGGAACAUCCGGAUUUAUUUAAGAAAAAAAGUAUGACUAAAACAAACGAUUCAGAAGAGAUUCAAGUAGAUCGAAAAGCGAAGAUUAUAGCAAUAAUUGGCUUGUUAAUCGUUCUUGUGGUUACCGGCUUACUUUAUGCAGACAGAACUUUGAAUCCGCAAAAAAGUUGUGACGAAAUGGGAAUUUAAGAAUAUAACAAAUGAAUAAGCCGUGACCGUCUACUAUACUGUAGAACAGAUGGCAAUUAAAUUUCAUUACUUUUCAAUACGUAUGAAGUUUUUGUAGUACGUAAUAAAUUCAUGAUGGCACGAGGUUUCAAAUCAAGGAUGGAACCAAUAUAGCGUAUAAAUUCGACUUUGAAGAAGAGUAUCAAUGAAGACAGCGUUAGCAUGGGACUAAAUGGCGUUCAGCAAAAUAAUUCCUGAGUCAAAUUAAAACCGAUUUACUUCAUCAAACUAUAAUGACAAAUUUCGACAAAUUUGUGAUUUGAAUGAUUUUCAAUCCAAUCUUGAAAAUGGGAUUACUAACCUAAUAACUAUAUAAGUAUGAGACACAUUCUUAUCUUUGAAUAUAAGAACCAAUCGUUUGAGAAAUCGCCGAAGUAUACGGAGUAUACAUAUGAAUUAUACAACAGAGCAGAAACACAACAAAGAAACUACAAUGCCAUUUAUUUCAUCACAAUACUAAAAUUUUUGUACAUCAAUCGAGUUUUAAAAGGAUUUUCGGCAUCGAUUUUAUAUUGCCGCCCUUUCACUUUAGUUUGGAAUCGCGUGAAGGUAAGUUUUGAAGAUAGGUAUACGUUGGCUAUUAAAGCAUAUAUUAAUUAGCCCCUUGCGUAGUUGGCUGUUUAUGAAUGUUGAAUGUUAUAUAAAAGCGGUGGCCAAAGCCAGUACUCAAUAUAUGGAAGUAUUGCCGUGCCGAAAAAUUCGCGUAAAUCUAGACAUUUUUGUUAUGUGAGCUUUUCCAUGAUUCAACAACUAUCUUUCAAACAAUUAUUUCCAGGGAACCUACCAUUUUUUUGAGUGUACCAACCAGCCUUUGGGUACCAGAUUAGGUACUUUAUAUGAUACGAUGGCAUCAGUCACAGUAGCGCACUGCCCCGUAUUUUAUCAAACAAUGCAUGACAUUAAUAUAAGGGAAACUCAAGUUUUCGGUGUACAAAUAUCAACUGUAUCUCAACACGAGCCAGCAAUCAAACCUAAAUUAUGAGACUAAUAUUGGGUUGCAUAGGAUCACUUGAGAAACUAUGGAAGCUCUACACGAUGAGGAUAAAGCGAUUUUGACUCAAUUUACACACAAUGAAUAUCAAAAAACGAUGGAACGUAGCAGAUCAAGGUUGCAAGAAGAAGCUUCGAUAGAUCCAAAAAUACUCAAAAAAGAAAUAAGACGAACUCGAAAAGAAAAAAGGCAUCAAUACAGAGAGCAAGUGAAGCGAAGAAGAGAAAGGAGAAAAGAAAAAAGAAGAAAGAUUCUAGAAAAUGAUAGAAUUGAGGAAGAACUACGAAAUGCAGUAAGAAAAGAAUGGGAAAUAGAAAUACAAAAAGCAAAGAAAGGAACCACGGGCGCCAAAGGUGGUAGCAAUAAUAAACAGACGCGGAUGGAUCUUACAACGAAAGUGAUGCUUACUUUACUGGUUUUAAUCAGUGUUCCCAUGAGCUUAUUAAUUAUGGAGAAAUUUACUCCAAUACAAUGUACCGAAGUUGUUAUAGAACAAGAUGAUUGGACCGAUCACUCGAUGAUUGAAGAUGUUGAAAAUGAUCCAAAUCGAACUGCGCUACCUGAAGUCCCCUCGACAACUAAGAGUUUGUUAAACACCACGACAAUGCCAUCGACAACAACAACGAUAACGACCACGGAUUCUAACAUUGAUGGGAAUAUUCAAUACCAAAAUACGACAAUAAGUCAAAAUAAAUAAAGUACUUGCUCCGUAUUGA